AAUCCCCUUCGUUACGCUGUAAAUAAAUACACACUGUACUGACGUCACGUCGAACAUAGCUGUUCGUCGAUCACUAGUCGUCUACGAGUGAGGUAAAGUGUCGAAGUUAGCUAGUCUACAACAGUUUUAUUCGUCUUUUUUUCUGGGCUUAUUCAUUACAACGUCUACUCGUCGAUAGGUUAACGAAUAGUCGUUCCGUCGAAACGUGGGAUUAAACUAAGAUAGCUAGCAGGUCAUCGUAAUACAUUCUUACAAUGUCUGGACCAAAUGGAGAUCCUGACGUCUCCAUUGAUGAUGGCAUCAUCGAGGACGGCGACGAAUUAAAUGACGAAGAGUUUGCAGCAAUCAACUCCAUGCUGGACCAGAUCAACUCGUACCUCGAUGGCCUGGAGGAGAAAAACGACGCCCUCAACAGUAAAAUGCACGAACUCCUUGAAUCCAAUCGGCAAGCCCGGUUGGAGUUCAGAGCCCAGCUGGAAGAGCAGCAGCCUGGGGACGAUCGCUCCUCUUGGCAAGGCACAGACGAGGACCAUGAUAAAGACACAAGAGAUACUUGUAUCUGAACAGUGACACCAGUCAGUGUUAUUGUCAGAAGAAUCAUUCCCAAAGCAAGAGACUUUUAGGAGUCUAAUUGAAAUGUCACAGAAAAUUCUAUCGAUAUGGUCACUCGUUCGCGAUACUCCCCUUAUAUGUGACACCUCGUAAUAAAACCCAGGCCACCUUCCCGUCUUGCUUGCAAACCUUGUCUGUAAUUGAUAUAAAUGUGGCAGAUUUAAACGAUAAAGUUUACUCUUCUCUCUUCAUGCUGUCUAUAAAAGUACAGGAACAUACCACUGCAGGGAAUUGUUGGGGCAUUUUAAUAUAAAUUAAAAUGUCGUCCAAAAAAUACAUUUGAACUUUCAAGCAUUUUAGAAAACAUCAUGUCUUGAUUUCAGUUUUGUCAGUAGCAGAAUAAAAAUACAGUCUUGAGGAACAA